AUGCGAAUCAGUAUUUCAGCAUUAUUUUUAGAAUUAUCAGAAUUGAAAGCAAAAUACGUUAACACUGGCUAUUCUUAUGGUCUCCUUCCAAACAAAAGCAUAGACUUAGACAGAAUGAAUAGCAUUUGUACUAGAAUGAUGAUGCCAGUUAUUGAAUUUGAAGAAUUAGAAUUUGAUAAUAAUGCAUUUGAGACGAUCAUGCCUCUAAUGUCAUCUUUCUGUUCUGAAAAAGGAUCUUUUAACUC